AUGGUACUCUGCUGCCUCCGUCAGCAUGGGUUAUAUGCCAAGCCAGAAAAGUGUGAAUUUGAGCGGCAGAGUAUUCAGUUCUUGGGCUUGGUUAUUUCCACGGAGGGGUUCAAGAUGGACCCACAAAAGGUAACAGCUGUUCUGGAUUGGCCUGCACCCUCAGACAAGAAAGGGGUGCAGCGUUUUGUUGGCUUUGCAAAUUUUUACAAGAGAUUUAUAAAAGGAUUCUCUGCAAUCAUUUCCCCCAUUACUCAGCUCACAAAACAGAACAUCCGUUUCCACUGGAACUCCGAGGCCCAGGCUGCCUUUUCUACACUGAAGGAACUUUUUACCUCUGCUUCCAUCCUGAGCCACCUAGAUCCCACACUACCUUACUUACUCGAGAUAGAUGCUUCGGAAACAGCGGUAGGGGCAGUUAUCUCCCAGCGUUAA